CGUCCUAGCUCAACAGUACGCGACAUGACCAAUUGACGCUGACUUUUCUGUCGAGACGUCGUCCGGUGAGGGAUGAAUGAAGUGUAGAAGCGGGCCGUUGGCGGGAUUUCAUUUUCUCAAAGCUCAAUGCCAAGGCGCGUGGUUGGGUAGGUACAACCGACGUCAUUGCUCCGAGGUCCUCGCGCUACACGAACUCCUCAACACCAUGGCUCACAGUUCGAGGGCGGCGCUGUGGCGUCUCAGGCUGUGCACUCGAUGCGAUUGGUUCCGAUCCGCGCCAUCGAAAGCCCGCACAUGGUCACCGAAGAGCCGAAGCUUCCACUCCAGCAGCGCAAAACGCACCGAUGGCGUCUUCCGGGAGCUCACCGCGAUGCGAGUCCGCACACCAUGGAUAGAAGCUCUGCGAAAGCAGCAGGCAGAGGGCAAGGAUCCUACCGCGGCUUCGGGAAAGCCUGAAGUGCCCAAAGAUCGCAAACUGUCUCCGAAGCGCAUGGACGACAGCUACCACUCCGUUGUCCUCCCACUGGCGCAGGACCCAUGGCUGUUGGAUACAUACCUCAAUUCAUCGGGGCAUAUCCGGCUUGGAACCAUCUUCAUGGAUCUCGAUGCACUUUCAGGCAUCAUCGCAUACAAACACACCGGCGACGAUGUAACGACUGUCACCGCGAGCUGCGACCGCAUCGUGAUCAACCACCCGUUGACCGAGAUAUGCGAUCUAGAGCUAUCUGGAAAGGUCACGUACGCCACGGGCAGAAGCAGCUUGGAAAUAUCUAUGCAGGUCGCUAAAGCGCCGAAGGAAGGGGAGGAGGUCAAGGACCAGGAUGUCCUUAUCCACUGCACAUUCACCAUGGUAUCGCUGGAUCCUGGCACAAAGAAGCCAGUCAACGUAAACCCGCUUAUAGUCGAGACUCCAGAGGAGAAACGCCUCUUCAAGCUCGGCGAGCGCAACUCCAAGAUCCGCAAACAGCGCAAAGAAACUGCGCUCAUCAAGCACACUCCCAACGAUCUUGAGAGCGAUCUCAUCCACGCAUUCUGGCAGAAGCAGCUGCUAUACCACGAUCCCUAUGACGAGCAGCGCAAACCCGAUAAUGUUCAUUUUAUGGACAGCACGCGCCUCCAAACCGCCACCAUCAUGAUGCCGCAAUUUCGCAAUCGUCAUCACUUUAUGAUCUUCGGAGGUUUUCUCCUUAAGCAGACCUUCGAGCUCGCGUUCACCACUGCCGCUGCAUUCGCGCACGCUAGACCUACCUUCGUCUCGCUCGACCCCUCGACAUUUCAAAACCCGGUGCCUGUCGGAAGCAUAUUAUACCUGACAGCGACAGUAGUCUAUACGGAUCCUCCGCUCAUUGGGGCGCCAGGGGAGCAGUUCGACCAGGAGAGUAAAUACACGAGGGUGCAGGUUCGGGUGGAUUCGAAGGUGCGCGAUGUUGAGCAUGGGCGGUCGAAACCUACAGGCCAGUUCAAUUACACCUUCACUGUGGAGAAGAACAUACGCGUUAUGCCGCGAACGUACCACGAAUACAUGAUGUACCUCGAUGCGCGACGGCGAGCGGAACAAGUCAGGCAGACCCUCGAGGAGGAAGGCGUUGAGCUGAGUCCGAAGACGGCGGAAGAGAGCGUCACGGAGUAGGCCAGCCUUAGGCGACGGAGCUGAAGUGAAAUAUCUAUAUUGCUAAACGCGCAACGACUGCGGUCUAUGGAUAUAAUUAAGCAAGACACAAUCUGGACAUGAAAGCGCGCUCCGAAAUGAGACCAAGGUCUAACUAUUAAUCCAACCUUAAAAGCAUUGAACCUCCAGACCAAAAACGCGCCAGUGCCAGGACGCUGGAACCGCUAGAUGGGAAAAGGGAAAGGUAUCUAGCGCGCUGUAAAUGCCAUC